AUGGAUAACUUACGCACACAUCGUAGAAAAAGACAUGAGCGCACCAUAAUUUCAUCAACACUACAAAACCCAUUGUCCUCAUGGCCAGGGCAGGCCCCUGACCAACAUUCAACGAGACUAGUCCUGGAGUCAUGUCUCCAGCGUCUCGACCGCCUUGACAGCUUAGAGCGUCGUGUGCAUGAGGAAAUCCAGCAGAUCCGCAGCGUCUUGACGAAUCUCCUUGGCAACUACCAGUCAGAUGUCACAAUGGAGAAUUCGGGUGGACGUGGUAUCACCGUCGACUCCCAAGCUGAAAUCAGUAGCCUCAAUCCCAUUGCACCGUUUGGACCUUCGCAUGACCGCUACUUCGUGCCACAGAUUGCACCCCAUGGAACGUCGUUCGGGGUCACGGGAUCGCUGUCAGAGGGUACAAGUCCCCCCCAAGCCUUAUUGCCCCACGGCGCUCGCACUUCUGCCGACUAUGGGCCGAUUGUUCAACAUCCCCUAACUCAGCCUCGGUACAGCAUGUACCCUGAGGCCCGUUCAUCAUUCUGUGACCCGCAUGUCAUGGCAUCGCCGUUAGAGGAUUUAUCGCUCCGUGGCGCAUUGGAUUCCGUCUAUGAGCCCGAGUCUGUCCCCAUCCAAGUAAAGGACAAAAUAAAAUGCACCUGGUACGGGUGCUCGGCACUCGUCAAGAAGGAUAAUCUCCGUCGUCACGUCAAAGAGGUGCAUGAGGGGAAGAUCAAGGCUGUCUGUGCAGGCUGUGGAAAGGAAUUCAAGCGCCCAUAUCAGAUGGAUGAGCACAUCGUUCGGACCCGAUGUCGUUCUGUGCCUCUCGGACCCGUAGCACUGACACUGCACUGCUGCCUAAAAAUCGAACAGAUUCUUCCAGAGGAUGCGUGUACAGUCUGCCCAAGGGCCAAAACAAGAAGAUAUUACCUCAUGGUGUACACAUGUAGUGGGGACCUGUGCGGAGCCGACACCGUAAGCGAUGCUGCUUUAUCCCGAGAUGCAGAAAUGUGCACAGGCAGAAAUCGAUGCUGUCGUGGGUCAGGCCUUCAGGACCAAUUUCCCGCGUUUGAGGACAGAGAAAAGUUUCUGCACAUCAAGCUAGACCCAAAGGCACGGAAAAACAUCCAAGUGCAGGUUCAUCUCAAGGAACGAGGAUCUGUUGGCAACUCUCGCAAUAAUCAACACAUCAGCCGACUUGGUGAAACCCCACGGGUUAUAUGUGGUAGCACGCUGUGUGCCGUGUAUGAAGAAGGGAACGCGAAAGACGUGUCGACCGAAAAGAAAAUAUCAACAGACAACAAUAGUCUUACUAAAUUAGAGACAGACCUUGUGAACACCAGCUGGCGUACGACUGAAUUCAUUAAGGUGAGCAAUCAUCACAUCAUGAUCGACGAGACUAUGCUGGGUGAUGCGGUGGCCAUACCGUUUGCGAUUUGGACUUGGAGAGUUUUAAGACUCUAUGUAUGGUGAGAGGAUUCAACUUCAGAGCACGGCAGCGUGCAAAUUCCUACGCUCAUGAUAUCGGUGACAGAGCUAGUCAAAUUUGAGGCCUGCUGGCAUGCAAAUCACAUCUAUUUGUAUAAUAGGU